AUGAAUCUUCCAUGGCUCAUUUAUAUCUUACUCUCACCAAGCUUUUGUCUUUUAGUCACCACUAGUGAAGCUGCUGCAGAUGGGGUGCCGAGUUUCGAGGCGCCGCCGCUGCUAUACCGACCAAAGUUCCGCUACUGGCUUCCUGAUGCCUCGGUAUCUCCACAGUCGAUUGUUGACGAUAUCAAUCACAUUGCUUCUGUAGGAGCGGGUGGACUCGAGUUUCUUCCAUUCUACAAUUACGGCCUUGGCCCGGCACUGACAGACUGGUCCAUCUACGGUUUUGGCACAGAGGCAUUCAAAAAUGUCUUUUCAUCUGCCUUGAACGCAAGCGUUGGCCAUCAAUUAGCCUUUGAUUUUGCCUUUGGCGCCAACCAGGGUGCCGGUGUACCUUCUACAGUCGAGACUCUCGGACUCGCCAAGGAGCUUGUUUAUGGAAAUACAACGGUUCAAUCUGGAGAAGAUUACAAUGGAUCUGUACCAGAGCCAAACGUCGAAUACAAUAAGCUUACCGGAUUUAUGAAUACCCCUGAACCAUGGGGCUCAAACGAGCUGUUUGCUGUGGUGGCCGGAAAAAUCGUCACUGAAGUGCUGCUUGCCGAGUAUUUCUACUUGUCUGUCCUCGAUGAGGACAGCCUUGUCGACUUGACAAAUCUGACCACACAAGGCCAUUUAUCGUGGCGUGCUCCCGAUGGAAAUGAUACUUGGGUAAUCUUUGCCAUCUAUGAACGUUUCACCAACCAAAGAAGUUGCGUCGGAGCCUCAAAUGCCACGACCAUGUUGGCCAAUGGUUCCUGGGUGGUGGACCAUUGGAGUGCAGCUGGUGCCAAGAAGACGACGGACUUUUGGGACCAACAGAUACUCUCCGACGAGGUUAUUGUAACGCUCUUGGAAGAUGCAGGCGAAUACGCAUGGGAGGAUAGUAUGGAAAUACAAGCCGCUUUGCCUUGGACCCCCGGCUUGUCCUCUCGAUUCGAGAGUUUACAUGGCUACGGUGUCAUCAAGUAUUUACCAAUUCUUUUCCAUGCCACAAAUGCCUGGGAUGGAUACCUCCCUCCAUAUAAUAUAACAUACACACUCGGCACAUAUGUAUCAGACGGCGGCCCGUAUGUGCAAGAUUACAAAACGGCACUGAGUCAGGGAUAUCUAGAAUACUUGCAGCAUUACGAUAAGUGGACUGAUACCAGAGGUCUUGAACUAUCGAACCAGCCAGCGUAUAACAUGCCAGUAGACAUGACUGAAUCUAUACCCUUCGUCCAGGUCCCAGAGCUGGAAUCACUAGGCUUCAAAGAGAGUGUCAACAUGUACCGUCAAUUCACCGGCGCGGCUCACUUGGCAGGCCGGAAUGUCAUAUCGACAGAGAUAGGAGCUGUUCUCGGCGGCGCGUAUAAACAGCGCGUUCCCGAGUUGAAGAGCCUCUUGGAUGGUUCAUUUGCUGCUGGCGUCAAUGUCAUGGUGCUUCAUGGGUAUGCUUACAGUGGUGACUAUGUGGGCACAACCUGGCCAGGGUAUACUCCCUUUCAGUACGAAUACUCGGAAAUGUGGAACCCGCGACAACCAUCUUGGCAGCACUUGGACGACCUCAUGCUGUAUUCGGCGAGGAACUCAAUGAUCAUGCGAAGUGGCGUUCCCAAAGUGGACCUUGCGUUUUAUUACUUUGAAAAUCCGUACCGCUUUGGCGUUGGUGUAUAUCCUGAAGGAGACAUGAAUGCGCUUGGAUAUACUUUCGAGUACUUGGGUCCACAAAACCUUGUGUCGGACCAAGCCAGAGUUACCAACAGUGUCCUUGCCGCUGAAGGCCCCGCAUAUAAAGCCUUGAUCUUGUACAACCAAACUCAGAUUACGGCAAACACUUCCGCAGCACUUGUAGAAUUUGCGCAAGAGGGGUUGCCGAUCUAUAUUGUAGGAUCUAUACCAAACACCACCGUGGGGUCAACAGGUCAGGAGGAGGUCUCUGCCAACAUGGCAAAUCUGAUCAAGUACGAAGUGGUACACCUUUUGAGCACCGAAGACUUUUCUCCAUCCACCCUCCGUGCAGACGGUAUACCAGCUCGUACCAGCCUGAAUGACAUCUAUAACGCUUCCGGCCUCUAUACGUUUUGGACUUCAGAGACCGAGUCCAAGUCUGACUACGUUUACUUGUACAACGCAGGCGAUGAUGCUACAUUUAAUGUCUCGUUUGCCGUGACAUCUGACGUGGAAGCGGUAAUCCUGGACGCAUGGAGUGGUAAGCAGUCAACAAUGGCAGUAUACGAGACAUCAUCAACUGGUAUCACCACCAAAGUCAGCCUCAAAGCAAAUCAGACCACCAUCAUUGCUCUACAGCCUCCACAGGGGCCUCGAGCGGCAGUUCACGCUGUCAAUUACUCCUCCAACAUCGAUGCCGUUCACUUUACAGACGAUGGACUUUUAGAGGCCUUGGUCAGCGACUCCUCGGAAGCAUGGAUGACUUUGAGUAACGGAUCUCAGGUAAUCCUACCCAGAGACAGCCGCUCUGACGAGAUGUCAAUAAUCUUGGGCCCAUGGGAUUUGACUGUCGAAUCACACGGCCCAUCUCUCGAUAAUGACACCUUGGAAGGGAAUACGACCAUCAUCAAGAUCGGAACACUACCAGAACUCACCCCCUGGACCAAUAUUGAUGGACUUGAGCAAGUCAGUGGAGUAGGGACAUAUUCAACCAGCUUCCAAUGGUUCAGGGACAGUCAAGCAGCUAUUUGCAUAGACUUUGGACCGGUCCUGAAUACACUGAGGGCUUGGAUCAAUGGAAAUCAAAUAUCCCCUGUCGAUCCAACCAACCCCACGGCGGAUAUCUCCAAUUUUGUCGUGAACGGAGAAAACACCAUUCAGGUCAAAGUCACGAGUACUCUCUUUAACGCAGUCAGAGCAAAUGUGGAUCGAGUAUUUAGUAUAGGAUAUGGGCCGUCGACUCCCGCAUACUAUACUGAGCAGGACUGGCAAGAAUUUGGGCUCAUUGGGCCUGUGGAGCUGCGGACUUUCAGAAAGAUAAUUUUAGCUUGA